AUGACGAAUGACAAUGGAAACAUCCUGCAGAUUCCUCUCAACGGAGGAGGCAACACCAAUCUCAACAGUCAAGCAGUGGAUGUCUCCGCGGCCAACGCACCAGCCAACGCCGCAACGCUCGAGGAGGGAGUGGAGGAUGAUGAGUUCGAACGCAUCAACUUGGAUCCCAGCGACCAUUCUGAUGAUUCAGAAGAAGACGCUGAUGUGUAUCCAAGGAGAACUCGGAGCCGAGCAGCUCGAGAAGACUCUCCGUUCAGCAAACCCAUGACUGAGGAAGAAGAAAACGUCUUCUGGGUUGAACAGGAGAAGCUAGCUGAGGGGCAGGCUGCGAUCACUCGCAGCAAACGCCGACAAGGUCGGAAAACUGCUGAAGAGAGUCCCGACAUCCGCGACCUUCACGAUUACAUAAAAAAGACUGACGCAGAGGUAAGGGCAGUGAAGUCCCAGAUCCAUCACGCUAUUAGCGCUGCCCCUGAAAUCGACCGAUUACUCGAGGAAGUCCGAAAAACGCCCUUCACAACUCGCAUCACCGAAACUAAGGUCUCUGAUCCUGGAAAGAUCAAAGUGCCAAUAUACAAUGGUACAACUGAUCCCAAAGCGCAUCUGCAAGCUUUCCAGACACGAUGGGAAGGGAUAGGCUCCGAGAAAGCGAGAAAGACGCAGGCUACUGCCGCCUCUUCGUCGAAAAUUUGGAAGGAGCGGCUCUCGACUGGUUCUCUCGUCUUAGGCGAAACUCCAUCGGAAAUAGAGAAACGUCUGACGUGGACCUCUGGAGCCUCUCCCAGGGAGAAGACCAGCCUCUCCCAGGGAGAAGACCAGCCUCUCCGCGAUUUCAUGAGCAGAUUCAAGCUGGUCAUGUCAAGGGUUAGCGGAAUAAGCGACAAAGUGGCCAUAGACGCGCUCAGAAAAAUGAUCCAAGGCGCUCUGCACAAGGCAACAGACUACAUCAUGAUCGAGGAGGAGACGAAAGUUUUGUCACAAAAGCAUAAGCCGAAGAAAGGCUCCUCAAAAGACGUAGACCAAAAGCCCAGAAAGAAGAACCCUCGUAACGACAAGUAUGUCCAUCACGAGGGAGAAGAACUCCAAGGGGCACAUAACUAUGCGAUCAACCCCGAGCAGGGCAGAACUUCGGGGAACACGAGCACCCGCAACCCUGGGUAUGACGAGAACACCUUUUGCGAGUUCCACCAGACCCGAGGACACUCAACCACCAACUGCAAAGUCUUGGGAGCGAGACUUGCCGCAAAACUGCUUGCCGGAGAACUCUCCGAGGUAACCAGCGUGAAAGAUCUUGUCCGUGAUUCCGACCGUCCUCCAAAGACUGAUAAAAAUCCGCCCGCGGAAAAUUCUCCUCAAAGGAACCAGUCGGGAGAUAAACGCAAAAGAAGACAUGACGAAAAAGGAAACGACAUCAAUCGUCGCAGAGUAAACAUGAUUAUCGAAGGAUCACAGUACUACAACGAUAUGGUUUCAGCCAUUAAAGCCUAUCAGCGAAAAGCCGACUCAAGCGCCAACUGGCCUACCUGGUCUCCGCCCCGGGAUGCUCGGAACAACUCGAUAACUUUCGAGGAGGAAGAGGCCGGCGGAAUCGAUCAACCGCAUUGUGAUCCGCUCGUCAUAGAUCUCGUCAUACUCUCAAAAGGAUGA